UUUGUUUGACCGCCGAACUGCGAGACAGCGAGACUGCGAGACUGCGAGACUGCUAGACUGCGAUUUCGCAUUUUUAGAAAAUGUAUUCAGUGCAGGGGCGACAUUCGCAGCGGCAACGAAAGCGACAGCCAUAGCACACACACACUGGCACCUGGCAUCCCCAAUACAUCCCCAGACAGCCACCCACACAGGUGCAGUUCGAGAGAGAGAGCAUUGAAAGGAAAGUGGAAAGUGGUCAAGAAGAAAGGCUAGAGAAAGCUAGGAAAGUCAUCUCCAUUUUCUGUAGUGCUGUGUGUGUGUUAGUGCGCGCCGGAAAUGGCCAAAUUAGUGACUUACAUCUUCAUCGCCAGCUCGUUGGUGCUAUGGUAUCUCCUGCUCUUCGGUGGCAGGGGCGUAGAGGCCACCAACGGGCACGGGGGUCAGCUGGAGGGGCGCGAUUUUCACCACCACGGCGGCAGCCAUCACAUUCGUCGCAACAUCAACCACUGCUGGCGUCGCUACGAUGGCUACAAUCUGCAGAACACCGUGGUCAACAAAAAGGAGCAGCUGAAGAAGCCCUAUGGCAUACUGUGCAACUUCAAGUGCACCUGGUUCUUCACCGUCAGCUUCCCCACUUGCGAGUUCAUCUACGAUUAUAAGUUAUCCUGCGUGCUGUUCACGUCACUGCCCGACUGUACCAGCGUCCAGUGCACGCUAUUGAAUUACUUCGAGUAACUAGUGUAUUCAUUUAAGGCCUUUUUUUUUGAUAGCAUAAGUCUGAUUAAUACUAGAUUUUAUAUGGACAUGUAGAGAGACGGAGAGAGAAAGUAUUAUUAAAUCAAAGACCUAAUUUAUGAA